UUUUGAAUUAAAUUUUAAAAAUUAGUGAUCCCUUUACAUAGACCUUCUCCAACAACAUGGCGGAUGUAAAUGUUGGCGCAGUUGCUGUAUUGGUUGCAUUAUUUGCAUUAAUUUGUAAUUUUAGCUUGCAUAAAGUUGAAGAAGGACAUGUCGCAGUUUAUUAUCGGGGUGGAGCAUUGUUAUCAUCAACUAGUGGACCUGGAUUUCAUUUGAUGUUGCCAUUUCUAACCAGUUACAAUGUGGUGCAGACAACUUUACAAACAGAUGAAGUAAAAAAUAUUCCAUGUGGAACAAGUGGUGGUGUGGUUAUAUACUUUGAUCGCAUAGAAGUUGUUAAUUUGUUAGGUGCCGAUUCAGUUUACGAUAUUGUAAAGCGCUACACAGCAGAUUACGACAAAGCUCUUAUCUUUAACAAAGUUCAUCAUGAGCUCAAUCAAUUCUGCAGUGGACACACCUUGCAAGAAGUCUACAUUGAUUUAUUUGAUCAAAUUGAUGAGAAUUUAAAAAUUGCAUUGCAAACUGACUUGACGAAAAUGGCUCCAGGCCUAAUGAUUCAAGCUGUGCGGGUAACUAAACCAAAAAUACCGGAGCAAAUCCGUAAAAAUUACGAGCUUAUGGAAGGCGAGAAGACCAAACUGUUGAUAAGCGUUCAGCAUCAAAAGGUCAUGGAAAAAGAAGCCGAAACCGAAAGAAAACUUGCUGUUAUACAGGCUGAAAAACUUUCCCAAGUUGCGCAGAUACAAUUUAAUCAAAAGAUAUUAGAAAAAGAAAGUCAUCAAAAAAUAUCAAAGAUUGAAGACGAAACACAUUUGGCGAAACAGAUCGCACAAGCUGAUGCGGAAUUUUACUCACAGAAGAAGAUCAUCGAGGCUAACAAGUUAAAAUUAACACCGGAGUAUCUGGAAUUAAUGCGUAUACAAGCCAUUUCUCAAAACAACAAAAUAUAUUAUGGAAACAGUAUACCAAAUGUCUUCCUGGACAGCGACGUGUACAAGAGUGGAAAAAAGACACCGGUCAAAUGAUGUCCUUAAAGGCUGCCGUUAAAAUAACCUUUUAGUCGUAAAUAAACGUCAAACUUUUUUUUAUUUAUUUUAACAAAAUCAUUUCUUGUUUUCAAAUAUUAUUAAACAAAUCGUGCCAUGAUUAGCUGUCAGUCUGAGUAGCCCCUCGAAUCAACGCGCUUCUUAAAUCAACGGGGAAGAGGUUAUUUGAAUGCGAAAUUAGAGCUAAAUGGGACGAGUAUUCGAAUAUUAAGUAGUUUUAAAAAGACGAGUAUUUGAUUCAAGUAUUUUUAUUUUUAACGCGUAUUUAAGGUCAUAUUCGUUGUCAACACCGUGUGUUGAAGGGAUGGUAGCGACAAGUUCUCUUCAGAAAAUUAAAAGGUUGUCUUUCCCAACAAUUUAUUUAUCGCGUUUGUCGCAUUUUUUAGAUAAAACACCCUCUCUAUGAUGUAACAAUAGAUAAUAUUUUUCACGAAUAAAAAUGAUUAGGUACA